CAUAAAAUAAAAUAAAACACAAUGCUAAUAUUGUUAAUAAUUGGUGUGAGUGCUGUCAAUGUCACGCUCUUCUCAGCUGAUUCCGCACUCUACUCUCCCCAGUUUUGUCAGAUGCGCAAUUCGAAUCGGGAAGGCAAAGAUUGGUUGGAAACCAUCUUCGCUUUGUCUGAGAAGGGACGAAUUUACAAGAGUGUGGACAAUGGAUACAAGUGGAGUGACGAAACCCUUGUACUCGAGAAGAUGGGCAUAAACGAUUGGUUCUAUGAGAUCCAGACAUCCCCUGCCAACAAAGAAGUAGUCUAUAUAUUCGGUAAGAAUGGCACUGGCAUAAAGUCUGAGGAUUGCGGAUCACAUUACACGUGGUUCACAUUCCCGAGCUCCUUAUCUGACUUUAAGUUGAAUUCCAUGGAUGACGAGUGGAUGUUGGCCUUUUCCAAUUGCGAACGAUGCCAUCCACCCUUCAAUAAAGAAGUUCACAAAUCCAAUGACGGAGGCAAGACUUGGCAAUGGAUCCUCAGUGCAGCCAUGAUGGCGUCUUGGGAUAAACUAAUAGACAGCGAGUUGAUUCCAGAUGAGCGAAUUGUGGCAUGUCAUUUGGAAUACAAUCAAAGCAGAGUCACCUAUUCAGACGAUUAUUACAAUUCGUAUAAAAUCAUACACAACAAUGGAACUGGUUUCUUUUAAACUCAAUUCCAUAUGUUCGUAAUCUCCAAAUUUCAAUCUGCCUACAGAUUACAUGUGGCACCUGCCUUUUACGAUUAUGCUCAAAUGAUCAACAUUUCCAUCCCAUUUGAUUAACAAUACUCUUACACCCUCUUAGACACCGAAUCGGAAUCCAUCUUCCUGUCCAUAUCUCACAAUCAAACCAACAAGAAACUCACCAAUAUCUAUACUUCCGAUUUCCAAGGAUUCAAGUUCACCAUCUCCUUGUUGAAUAAUGUGAGAUCCUUAAACACAGGUUAAUGUGACUUUGAAAAGAUUGAAAGUCUCAGAGGUGUCUACAUAGCCAACAUCUAUGAUCAUGAGAAACUCAAAGUUGUGAAGGAGGCCGAUUUGGAGAAGUACAAAAAGACUGUUAUCACUUUUGACAAGGGAGCCAUUUGGCAUCCUCUCAAGGCUCCUGCCACUGAUGUCAAUGGACAAUAGACUCAUUGCAGUGGAGAUUGCUCAUUGCAUCUUCAAGGGAGAAGUGUAAGCAAAAUCUAUAGAGAAUCUAAGGCGGUUGGAUUGAUCAUGGCAUCAGGCAAUAUUGGAUUGUAUUUGGAUGAAAAGAGCAUUAACACUUACUUUUCAAGAGAUGGAGGCUUGACUUGGUAUGAAAUUAGGAAGGGACAUCAUAUCUAUUCAUUUGGGGAUAGGGGUGGUAUCAUUGUCAUGGCCAAGGCUAAGUCCUUAACUGAGGAAUUGUUGUACUCGUGGGAUGAAGGUUAAACUUGGGAUUCCAUCAAGAUUCCUAAGAUGAUUGUCACUUCUAUUACCAGCAGAAGUUUGUACAUCAACUUCAUCGUCACAGGUAUUGACGAGAAAAGAAAGGGAAUCAUUUUGAAUGUGGAUUUCACUGCCUUACAUUAGCGAACUUGUAGUGGUAUUUGGGAUCCCUUAGAUCCAGAUAGCGAUUAUGAAUUUUGGAUACCUACAAAUUAUGAAAAUGGUAAAUGUCUUUUUGGAUAGAAAUAUCGUUACACUCGUAGAAAGAGGGAUGCCAAAUGCUUCAAUCAAUAAUAGCAUGAUAAGUUACACUUCAUUGAUUCAUGUGAAUGUACAAUAGAGGAUUGGGAAUGCGAUUAUGGAUUUUAUCAUAAAAUUGAUGGCGGACCUUGUGUGCCCAUAGCCUCUUUGUUUGAAGAAGACGAAUACAUUGAUAUUUUGAAGCCUCCUGAGAAUUGUACUGGCACUUACAUGAAAUCUCAAGGAUAUAGAAAAAUUGUGGGAGACUUUUGCACAGGAGGGUACUAUUGAUUGUAUAUAUUAUAAGUGUUGACUUGGAUCCAAUUGAAACACCAUGUCAGGAAGGAUUGCAAUAAAGUUUAUCGAAUCAAACUCAAAUGUUACCACAGAUUUCCAUUAAGCAAGAAUAGAAAUUCAAUGAGAGUGUGAAAGUCACUGUGAAUACUAAAGAAAAUGCUGGAACUUAACAGAAUAACUCUCUUUUUAUUGGAAUAUUGAUAGCUUUAAUAGCAUUCUUUGGUUUUAUGUUGUGGAAGAAAAUGAAGGCGAAGGAGAUGUUAGAAGUCAAGAAGGAUUAUUAUUCUAAUUUUGAGAGAGGAGAACGCAUUAGUUUGAGAGAAGAUGAUGAUGAUGGAAUAUGAUUAUUGUGUGGUGUAUUUAAUUUUCA